AUGAAGUUUCAGUCCUCGAUCUUGACCGCUUUCGUGCUGGCCACGUUCACCGCGCAUGGUCUGCCUAUUACUCCCAGCCGCUCACACGUCGUUGCCAAUGAAGUGGUGCAGGUGAGUCUGAGGUGGAGCCAAAGUCGUGCGUGCGAGCUACCGCUAACUCUAGACGCUCGUUCCAAACAGGCUCGGGAGGUCGGCGACGACGAGAGAACGACGCUUGUAGCUCGAGACGAUCAUGCGUCCAGCGGCGGAAGCACAACCUCUGUAACCUUGAGCAAGCAGAAGACUCAGACCGGCGCCGCCAAAACUACUAUGGCCAGCUCAGGAGUCUCGGGUGAUGGCCCAAACCUCAUUCACUUCAAGCGUCGUGAUGUAGAAGACAGCACUGUCGACACGCGCGAGCCCGUCGGCGAAGACGCACUGGAAAGCGACGGGGUCACAAGUUUAAGAGCUCGCUCAAAUACGUGGACAUCUCCCACGACUCGUGGCAUGCUCGGCAAGCUCGACCGUCGCGGCAUCGGUUCUACUAUCGUGGAGGGCGUGGAGCACCUUGGCGGCAGCGGUGCCAAGACUGUCGAAGCGGAAAAUGCCGGUCGCGGUGCCGGUACACGUACUGAUACUGGUACUGGUACUGGCACCCAUACCACUGAGCACACCUACAAUCCUCAUGGGCAGUUCUCGGAGCCUGUGGGCAGGCCGCAAGGAAGCACCACCCAGACCAACAAUCCGUUCAGAGUCAAGGAGGAAGAGCUGACGACGCGACCUGGUAGAACUGGAACCGAGGCCAACCAGCCGCUGACUCAGCCGAAGAAAGAGCAGCCUGCUACUCCUGUUCGUACCACUGAGCCUGGUAAAGAGCCUGUAAAGACCAACGACAUUCACGAGCCAGGGAAGACCACCGACACUCUGCCCAAGACGCCAGCAACUCCAGUCGAGACUAAGCCCAAGACGCCAGCAACUCCAGUCGAGACUAAGCCCAAGACGCCAACAACUCCAGUCGAGACUGAGCAUAAUCUCGCUGAGCCAGUCAAGACCCAGCCCACGACCAAGGAGCCGGUAAAGACGAAUGGAGGGGCGGGUGAGCAUCCAGCAGUAGACCCGCAUACCAAAGUGCCCGUCAAGACGAACGGCGGGGCCGGUGAGCACCCGGCCGUUGAUCCCCACACUAAGCAGCCAGUCAAGACCAAUGGCGGCAGCACCGCGCAUCCCGGCGUCGUUCCGCACCCCAAGACUCCCGUCAAAAGUGGCGACCCUCAGGCCAAACCGGCGGCGAAGCACUCGAUGGCUGAAGAGAUGGCGAAGUGGGACAAGCCGAGCAAGCAGCAGCUGACUGCUCAACAGAGAGCCAGUUAUGAAGCGCGGAUCGCCAAAUCAAACGCCGAUGCGAAGCGGUGGACUGAGAAGAGCACUUUCAACGCGAACAAAGAGCACGAGUGGCAGCACAAGAUGCACUUAGCCCAAUACCAUCAAAGGGAAUCUCAACUCGAAGCUGAACACUAUAAUCAUCUCGUGCAUUACAGCGACGGACUGGCUAAGAAGAAGGUUGCAGGCACGGCCACACCCGCAUCUCGUCAGCACGUCGUUCCCGAGAAGACCCAGCCGGGUGAAGUAAAGCCAGUUGCUCAUCACACCGAUAAGACUCAGCCGGGCGGUGUGAAGCCCAUGGCGCAUGAGCCAACGACGAAGGAGAAGACCCAGCCUGGCGGUGUGAAGCCACUCACGCACAACCCCUCGACCACGGAAAAGACUCAGCCUGGCGAAGUGAAGCCGGUGGCGCAUCACCCAGCGACGCGCGAGCCGUCGACAACGGAGAAGACGCAGACCGGAGGAGUGGCGCCAGUCGUCCACCACCCCUCGACGACGGAGAAGACUCAGCCUGGCAACGUCAAGCCAGAGACUCGCGAGCCUGGUACGACUGUCAACAGCAAGCCUGCAGGUACGGAGCACACCAGCGCUGCGGGCACUGGAGCUGAGCACCCAGGCGCAAACGGCGCCAUCAACAAGGCGCCCGCAGAGAAAGAGCCCAAUCCGAAGCCCAACGGAGCCUAG